AUGGGCCAAUGGGCCAAGACCCGACUGGCAUUGUGGCAGUCUGGCAGUCUGCCAUCCAUCCUCCUCUUUGCGCAAUGUUCAAAGUGGGAUAGUCAAAGAGUUGAAUGCCAUGCCAUGCACUCUAUCGAUAUACCGCAAACCCCCUAUCCUCGUCUCCCUGAGCCCGACGACGACGACCCAACGGCCAAUGCCGCCCGGGCAGAGAUGGAGCAUGAAGUUGGAGGGAGGAGCACCCGUGAAUCUGCAACCCAGCCAAUUUGCGCCGCAUGUUCUUGUCGCGCCUCUGCCGCGGGAGGCCUUUGA